GGAUAUGCUUGUUUUGAGUUUGGGGAUAAAUAUUUUCUAAAAGCAUUAAAUUUUAUUUGAAAGACAAUAAUUAAGAAAAUAAAUAAUAUCAUUUAUGAAUAAUAAUAAUAAUAAUGUAGAACCAUUAUAUUAUUCUUUUGUUUUUCAUGGGCUCUAAAAGAGGGACAAAAGUGUCAUAAUAGCAUAUGAAAUAAAAGAGUUGUAGUAGUGUUAUUAUUGUUCACAUAUGAUAUACGCACACAAAUUAAAGAAAAUAAUGGAGGAAGGUGGUGGUGUAGAAGAUAGGAGGAUGAAGAUGAAGGCGAUGGUGGCCAUAGAUGAGAGUGAGGGAAGCUUCUAUGCUCUAAAAUGGGCCCUUGAUAACUUCUUCAGCAACAUAUCCAUUGAUAAUAAUGAUAAUAACAAUGAAGAAGGCAGCAUAAUGGUGUAUCUUGUUAAUGUUCAACCCAAAUUCCAACAACAUAUCUACCCUGUUGGAGUCGCUGGAGCUGCAUUUUAUCCUGCAACUGCUGUUAUGGAAUCUGUUAGGAAAGCCCAGGAAGAAAGAUCCGCAGCUAUUCUUUCUAAAGCCUCCAAGAUGUGCAAGGAUAAGAUGGGCAUUCCUUGGAAGUGUAAGCGAUUAUUGUGCUCAUCAUGUCAAAAUCCCAAUCGUUAUUGUGAAGCCACCACCAGAGGAUCAAACUAAAAAGCAACACUAAUGCCAUUUUCUGCUUAUGUUUCAGUCAUGUUAUAUAUUUUUAUGUAUGUCUUCAAGUCUUAGUAUAUGACUUCUUUUUUUUUUAAAAGACUUUCUCUUUCGGUUGUGUUUGGAUUCGCUUCAUGCCUACUCCAUAUAUAAGCAGUGUAACUAGUUUCAUUUUCAAUGAUUUGUAAUAAUUAAUAAGGGAUGCACAUAUGAAAAUUUGUUGUACUGUGUUGUGGUUUAUUUUGC